AUGUACGUGCAGCUCCCGUUUGACGAGCUCAAGGUCGACCCCAACCAGAAAAAAAGAAUAGCGUAUUUUUACGAUGCCGAUAUUGGCAAUUACGCCUACGGGGCAGGGCAUCCCAUGAAGCCGCAUCGUAUAAGAAUGGCCCACUCGUUGAUCAUGAACUACGGCCUAUACAAGAAGAUGGAGAUAUAUCGGGCCAAGCCUGCGACAAAGCAGGAAAUGUGCCAGUUCCACACUGAUGAAUACAUUGAUUUCAUAAGUCGAGUCUCACCGGAUAACUUGGACUUGUUCAGUAAAGAGAGCGUCAAGUUCAACGUUGGUGAUGAUUGUCCCGUGUUUGAUGGGUUGUUCGAGUACUGUGGCAUUAGCGGAGGCGGAUCGAUGGAGGGCGCUGCGCGGUUGAACCGCGGCAAGUGUGACAUUGCCAUAAAUUACGCCGGUGGGUUGCACCACGCUAAGAAGUCGGAGGCCUCGGGGUUCUGCUACUUGAAUGAUAUCGUGUUGGGCAUCAUUGAGUUGUUGCGGUACCACCCGCGCGUGUUGUACAUUGACAUUGACGUGCACCAUGGAGAUGGCGUCGAGGAGGCGUUUUACACCACCGACAGAGUGAUGACUUGCUCGUUUCACAAGUAUGGAGAGUUUUUCCCCGGCACGGGCGAGUUGAGGGAUAUUGGCGUGGGCAAGGGGAAGUACCAUAGUGUCAAUGUUCCUUUGAGAGAUGGGAUUGAUGACGCGACGUACAAGUCGGUGUUUGAGCCGUUGAUCAGCAAAAUCGUUGAGUGGUAUCAGCCAUCUGCUAUUGUGUUGCAGUGCGGGGGCGAUUCGCUUAGUGGAGACAGAUUAGGUUGUUUUAAUUUGUCGAUGGAAGGCCAUGCAAAUUGUAUUAAUUUUGUUAAGCUGCUUAAUAUCCCCUUGAUGGUCUUGGGAGGCGGUGGGUACACGAUGAGAAACGUUGCUAGAACGUGGGCGUUUGAGUCUGGCUUGUUGAAUAAUGUCAAGUUGCCCGCGGAAUUGCCGUAUAACGAGUACUACGAGUACUAUGCUCCCAACUACACGUUGGAUGUUAGGCCUUCCAAUAUGUACAAUCAGAACUCACCCGAGUUUUUGGAUAAGGUCUUGACCAACAUAUUGACGAAUCUAGAAAACACGAAACACGCGCCGUCUGUGCAGAUGAACAACGUGCCUAAUGACCCUGAGGAUUUGGGGGACGUUGAAGAAGACACUGCCAUGGCGAUUGAUACUAAAGGGGGGUCCGAGAUGAGUCGGGAUGCGCAGAUCCAGCCCGACAAUGAGUUUUAUGACGAGGAUAGUAAGGACAAGGGCGAGAAGAAUAUAGAUGAUGCAGCACAGCUGCAAGAUGGCAAUGACACGAUAGAAGCGAAAGAGGAAGAAGAGGAAGAAAACAAGAAGGAGGAAGAAGUGAAGAUGGAUGAAGAGAAGAAGGAGGAAGAGAAGAAAGAGGAGGAAAACGAGGAGGAGGAAGAGAAGAAGGAUGAAGAGAAGAAGGAUGAAGAAAGGGAGAAAGAAAAAGAGAAGGUGGUGGCGGUGGUGAAGGAUGCUGGUAAUGUGAAUGCUGCAGAAGAAGGAGAUGUCCAGAUGGAAGAUGCCACGGAGGUGGCCAAAGCUGAAGCUGCUGAGACUGCAAACGGAGCUGGGGAAUUGACCCAAGAGGAAAUAAAAGAGAUUAACGAGCUCAACGAGAGCAUGCAGUAG